CUCAGCCAUUCAUCCAUCAUCCAUUGUAGGAGUAGCUAGGUAGCGUUGUGUGCCCGCUAGGACAAUGAUGAGCAUCCUUCUACUGCAACAACUCCUGCGGUCAUCAUGUCCCGUACCUUACACCUAACACGCCAUACUAAUCCUCUCACUUUCAUACCACUCUCUAGCCUUACUCGGAGAUCGUUUUCCCUCUCCGCCCUCUCUUUGGCCGACAAACCCCUCCCCCCUCGACUCAAGUUCGAAGAUGCUGACCUGACCGUGUCUUACCUCAAGGGCACCGGUCCUGGUGGUCAGAAGAUUAACAAAACCAACUCAGCUGUUCAAAUCAUCCAUAAGCCUACCGGUAUUGUGGUCAAGUCGCAAGCUACCCGGUCGAGGUCGCAGAACGAAAAAUAUGCUCGUCAGAUCCUGGCUGAUAAAGUCGAAGUACACCUCAAUGGGGACAAGAGUCGUGCUGCCAUAAAGGCCGACCGCGCGCGGAAGAAGAAGGCAAGUAAGAUGAAGAAGGCUCGGCGCAAAUAUCGUGAAUUGGAGAAGGGCCCGGAAGGAACAGCAGAAGAGCUUGAGGAUGGGGAUGACUAUGAGGAUGCGGAUAACAGCGCGAACGAGAUUGUCGCAUCACAACAAUCAGCAGAGACAGGCGUUCCUCAAGGAGCACAAGGCUCUGGGCAGAGGGGUUAAGCCUCUAUUAGAGCCUACCCAUCCUCAGAAACUGCAGCAAAUACUGCAAUUGUCAUAUUACCCACAAAUUCCGGUCAGCGCGCAUCGAGACGGCGCAUACUCGAUAGACAUACGCGUCGUUGUACAUACAGAACU